GGGAUAAAGCCCAAAGAAUGAGUGUUGACGAAACGGGCUAUGGUCCAUCAAAACCAUUUAUGUAUGUAUAUAUAUUCGCGCAGCAAUAGCCUCGUAAACCCUAACCAUUCUGCUCCACCGCUGCUGCUUUUCGGCCAUCUCUCUAUUUCGGCGGACAGGUGAGCUGCACGGUUUCCGGAAAUAUGGCGGCGACGGCGAAAACUGUUAAGGAUGUUUCUCCUCAUGAGUUCGUCAAAGCUUACGCCGCUCACCUCAAGCGGUCCGGCAAGAUGGAGCUUCCUGAGUGGACUGACAUUGUGAAAACUGGUGUCCUCAAAGAACUUGCUCCUUAUGAUCCCGACUGGUACUACAUCAGGGCCGCUUCCAUGGCUAGGAAGAUAUACCUCAGGGGAGGUAUUGGUGUUGGCUCCUUCAGAAGAAUUUAUGGAGGGAGCAAGAGGAACGGAAGUCGUCCGCCCCACUUUGGCAAGAGCAGCGGCUCUGUUGCUCGUCACAUCCUUCAACAGUUGCAGAACAUGAACAUUGUCGAGAUGGAACCAAGGGGUGGAAGAAGAAUCACAUCCAAUGGCCGGAGGGAUCUCGACCAAGUUUCUGGGAGAAUUGUUGUUGUGGCGCCUUGAGUUGCGCUCGCCCCAUCUUUUACCUUGUUGGCUUUGUUCUCUGAGUAAAAUCCUGAAAUGAUUUUGGGUUGAAAUAGAAAUCUUUGCAUGUUUGAUCAAAUUUUGGGUCCUGAUGCUGUGCUCUGGAUUUUAAUUAAGUGCUAUUUAAAUGUGAUUUAGUUACAGGUGGUUGACGAUUGAUCUCAGACAUAUCUCUAGAUGGCAUGUUUCCAGUUUCUGUGGCAUUUUAGUACUUUUUUUUGUCGAAUUUUUGUUACUGUAUGUUUUAAUUUCAUAUAAGGACUAGUUUCUUAAUUUCA